UCGCUCAUCGCUCCUAGCGCUAGUUCCUCGCAAUUUUUCCUAGGUGGGAGGGGCUAAACAGCUAGCAAAGUCAGCUAGCAGUAGCACUAGCAGUAAUUUAAGAGACUUGGGACGCACCCAUGGAUGCCGCCGUCCCAGUUCCGACGACGUCAUCAUUCCGCGCCGCACGGGGUGAGGGGAACGUGGGAAGUCGAGAGUAGUGGAAAGUCCCCACGUGAAACGGUGUGAACAUGGCGUCGACUCCAGAACCAGAGGUCCAGCUCGCACAGAGAUUAGCCUCAAAUGAGAAGCCCACCCGGACCAAGGCCAUAAAAAAACUGAGGAAAUACAUAAAUGCCAGGUCUCACAAUGCGUCUGGUGGCUUCACAGGAGAUGAGCUGCUCAAGCUGUGGAAAGGUCUGUUUUACUGCUUGUGGAUGCAGGACAAACCACUGCUCCAGGAGGAGCUGUCAAACCAACUCUCCACCCUGAUCCACAGUUUCCAUAGUAUUGAUGAACAGUUUUUAUACUUGGAGAGCUUCCUGCAGACCUUCAAAAGAGAGUGGACUGGUAUUGACAGGUUGCGCAUGGACAAGUUCCUCCAGUUGGUUCGCUUCAUGUUCAGACAAAUCUUUGAGAUGCUGAAGAGGAAAAACUGGGAGAGCGGCAUGGUUGCCAGGUUUCUGGAUCUGCUCACAGUCCAGCUCCUGCAGAGCAGCAGUGAGGCACCCAGUGGACUGCAAUUCCACAUCCUGGACCUCUACAUGACUGAACUGGCAGCUGUGGGUUCAGCGGAGCUCACUGCUGAUCAGAACUUGAUCUUCAUUGAGCCGUUCUGCAAAACAGCCGCCAAAACCAAGGAUCGAUCUCUUUCUGGAGCCAUCUGCAGCAGCAUCUUCAGCACCAUCAUUGACCAGGCGCCCUUUGCUAUUGACGAUUUGAUGAAGGAGUUGAAAGCAGCAAAGGCCUCAGACUCAGGACAGGCCUCUGAAGAGGAUGAUAAAGAAGACCAGCCAAAAGAGAAAAUGAGCAAACCAGUUGGCAAGAAAGGGACAUCAAAGCAGAUGAACGGCAAAAAAUUAAAUGAAGAAAAGGAUGAUUCUGAGCUUCUUAACUUGGAAGACUUGGACACAGAAGUGUCAUGUGACGAUGACAUUGGACCAGUCCUGCAGUUUGACUAUGCAGCCCUGGUAGACAAGCUGUUUGAGUUAGCCAGUCGGAGCAGCACACCCAGCCACAACAGAAAGAGACUCUACAAAAUCAUCAAAGUACUGCGUGACCUGAAUGAAGGCAUCUUUCCUCAGGAUGAGUAUCCAGAGGAGGUCUCGACAGAUGAGGAUGAUGAAAUGUUCGGCAGCAGAAAGAGGAUGAAGAGAGUUGGAGGUCAGAUGGAGGAGGAUGAUGAGGGGGCGCCAGCAGCCAAGAAAAGCAAAGGGAAGAAAAAGAAGGCAUCCACGCUCAACAAGCUUAACAAGGAUUCAGGGAAAGAUCACAAUGAACCAACUGACCCAGCUGCAAAUAUUGAAAACAAAAAGAACAAGAAGAAGAAAAAGAAGAGAAAGAAGAAGAACGCAGGUGAAGGUGGAAGUGCAGGUAGAGAGGAAAAUACAGAGAGGUCUGAACACGAACAAACUGUGGAUCAAGCUCAGAGUGCAACUGAAGACACUGAAGGUGGUCCGGAGUGUUCACAAACAGAAGAUUCAGGAAAGGAAGCACAGAUGCAAAGUUCCCUCUCAUCUUUAAAAGUAAUAGAGGCAGCAACUACAGAGGGUCAGUCAGGAACUCUGCUCCUCUCUGAAGUAAACGAACAGCCUACAGUUACAGUCACAGAAGAAACCAGCCAACCAACAUCCUGCACAACUGACAACAAGGGCCCAUCUAAGAAGUUGUUGUCCGAAGCCGAUGCUACAGUCUCAGGGAAGAAGACGCAAAAGAAGAAGGGCCUGAAGGCUGUGUGCAAUAGAAAAAGAAACAAAACGGAUCUCAAAGCUGAUGAAUCACCACAGGUUAAGCCUGAGACACAGUUUGAAGUAGAGGGAAAGCACACUGAUGCUGAAAUCACAUCUGUUGGUCAGGAAGAAUCACAAGAUGUCACCACAGUGCCACUUAAAAAGAAGACAAAGAAAAAAGGCAAGCAGGAGGAUGCAACCCUUGAAGCUUUGCCUGCUGCAGAUGAAACCAUUGUCACUCCAAUGAAGAAGAAUAGAGAGAAGAAUCAAAAAGAAUCGACUAUUGCGGAGGAGAAAGGAGCAGCAGUGGAAACCACGCUGGCUGUGGAUGCUGAGAAAGUUCUGUUUGACAUCACCAUGACAACACCAGCAAAGAAGCAAAAGAAAUCGGCACCAGCCAAAGUGCACGAUAAAGAUCAAACCCAGUCACAGGUGGUUGGCAGUGUUGAUGAAGAGCCCCCAUUGGAUGACAAUGAAAGGCUUUCUUCCUCUGGGAAACUGGACAAGAUGAAGAAAAGGAAGAUCCCUGUGAUAUUUGAGUAUGAAGUCGAUGAGCUGCAGGUGGCUGCAUGGCAGGCUACAUCCUUAAAUGGCCUCACAAAAGAAGAAGAACCUGUUGGCAAGAUGUCAGAACCAAGCAGAGAUGUUGGCGAGCCAUCCACACCUCUGCACACUAAAAAGUCCCAAAAGAAGAUUUCCUCAGAGCUGGUGUCUAACUUCAUGACCUUUCAGAGCAACGCUUCAGUCCCAGCACCACUCUUUUGCAAAACUAAGGGGAGCCCCAGCCUCCCACUGCUCAGCAAGAAGAAGAGUCGAACUCCUACAGCAGAAUCCAAGAAGGUGACCUUCGGUCUCAAGAAUAAUAAGACUGCUGAGUUCAGGAAGACGGAUCGCAGCCUGCUGGUGAGUCCAGACGGGUCAUCAAGAGUGCCCUUUGACCCAGAGCAGAAACCCAAGUUUGGAGUCUUAAAGUCCCCGCCCACACAGUUGUCCAUUAGAAAGACCCCCAAGGUCAACAAGAAGUCCAGCUCCAAUAUUCCAAAAUGCAAGCUGCAACAACGACUCUCAGAGACAGACUUCUCCUAACAUCACACACCGACAGGUUGUAGCUACAGAUGUUGUGCUCUGUCAGCUGUUAAAUGGCCUGGUUUCUAAAACAUCCUGUUCUGGAAAGUUAGAGUAGUAUUUUUAUGUUUCUGAUAUCAGUGUUGCUUUUUGCCUGAGUGACUCUGCAUUUUAAUAAAGUUACUCACUACAAUUUGA